AUGGUUCUGGGCCGAGCUGCCAACAUGAGUUUGAUGGACAUUUCUAAGAUCUUCUCCCUGCUCCAGCCCAAGGAGGAGGAUGAGGACGGCGAGCAGAGUCAGGCUCUGAACAACGCCGUGAGCAGCGACGAUGUAGCUCUGCUCUCAGAGCUUCUGUCUCAGGAGGAUUACAGAAAGUCUAUCAAUGCUCGAAGUGGGUGGGGGGUCCCCGUAACUCCCUUGCGCACUGCCGCUGCACUGGGACAUCUGAGGUGCCUGGAGCUGCUACUGGAACACGGUGCAGAGGUUGACAGCUUGGACGUGAAGGCCCAGACGCCUCUGUUCACAGCUGUCAGUGGGAAACAUCUGGACUGUGUAGUUUCACUGCUGAAUGCUGGAGCAGAUCCCAAUGGCAGCCAGUACAACAACUGCUCCCCGGUGCUGACCGCUGCCCGAGAGGGUGACGUCGACAUACUCAGAGAGCUGCUUCGGUUUGGAGCUGAGGUAGAUGUGAAGCCCAAAGUCCCCGAAUGGGCCUCCAAUGCCACAGCGUGCAGAGGGCCCCUCUACAUCUCAGCUGUGUAUGGACACCUGGACUGCUUUAAACUGCUCCUUCUUCACGGUGCAAACCCCAACUACAACUGCACGGAUGAGAAAAUGUUGGCCAGGAUCAAACAGCCGAAGACAGUUUUGGAGGUGUGUCUCCGCUACGGCUGUGGGGUGGAGUACAUUCAGCUUCUUAUAGACUUUGGAGCAGACGUCUAUCUGCCGACACUCAUCAUUGACAAAACCACUAAGCAGAACGAAGCUCUGCUUCUGCUCCUCAAGGAGAGAGUUUGCCCCAAAUCUCUGAUGUCACAGGCUCGACUGGCAAUCAGAGGAUACCUCCCUUUUGCUAACAAGGAGCCUGCAAUUGACAGCUUGGACAUUCCUCUGAUCCUGAGAAAUUACUUGAAACAUGAAACCUCAGACGUCAUGUGAUGCUUUUCUUUUUUUAAAAAUUUUCUUUCUUUUAUACAUUUUUUAAAUUUUUACCAGAACAAGCUAAAGGACUGUUUUACAUCCGAAUUGUUUAUAGCUGUGAAGUCAGAUGAUUUUCUUUCAUGUCUAUGAAGCUUUUAGAAGCAAAAGGAGGGCUCCAUGUUGGAAAAUCCACUGUAUCUUUGGGAAGUGUAACAACAUCAGUGGCCACUAGAGACCACAGUAGCACCAUACAUUGUGGAUAUCCAAAUCUGAGGCUCCUCACAGGCACUAUUGUUAUUCUGAUAUUACCUCACUACAUCCACUUUGGCUCACUCCUUUAGUCGGGUAACAUUACACAGACACAUGUAGUCACCUUACUUAUUUAGACAUCCAGACACACACACACACACACACACACACACACACACACACACGCUGUCUGCACCACAACAGGAUGUCUUAGAUCUUGCCUGAAAAA